AUGUUUGGAACCUGGGACCAGCUGGUGCUACGCAGUCGGCUGCAACACGGCUCCGGUCUACGCAAGAUCAUAAACGUGUCAUCGUCAGCGUGUGGGAAAGCCUCGCAACUGCUGAACGAUGUGUACCAACUAGCCGCGGAGGCGGACGGCGAGACCGGCGCUCAGCUUGAUGUCGCCGGCUCCAAGCUGGCCGACGCUGCCAAUGCUCUGCUCACCACGGCGCAGCUCACAGCCCCAUGCAUGGAAGACCCUCGCUGCCAGGCGUUUCUGGUCGCCUCUGCCAACGCAGUAUCCGCCGCCAACCAACACCUGGCUUCCACCUGGCUACCAGUUAUCCAGGACCAGAAGUACCAGGCCCUUGGCGAGAAGAUACAGAAGGGAAGGAGCGAAUUAGAGGACGAGCUGGAGAGAUUGAAGAGGGCGUGUCGUGUCGGUGACAGUGGAAAUGAAGUGCAAGUGAAGAACGUCGGCCGCCCAGCGCCGACGCAAGGCCCGAAGCACUUGAAGUUUGUCAGCGCGGCGGAGAAGGCUGAAAGCGCCCUCCAGAAAGCUGAGAUGGAACUGGAUAAGCCAAUCGUGCCAACUAGAGGCGGCCAAAUACCAGCUGACCUGCAGAGCAAGUUGGCUCAAAGUCUCGCGCAGCUCAAUGCUGCCAUCGCUGCACUUUUAGCCGCUACGGCAGAUCGUGAGAAACCUGACUACGAAACAGCAGAACAGUCUAUUCAAGCUAUCAACCAGCUGAUGCCACAAGUUGUCAAAGAUACCAAAGCACUUAGUGCUGGCAAAGACGACAAGGACCGUCAGGCGAUGUUGGACGAAUUGAGGAAUAUGUGCGAGGCGACUCGUGGUAUAUGUUCUAGCGCGAGAGAUGGCAAUCACGAGAACAUGAAUUACAACGCGGUGAGAUUCGGUAACAAUUCCGGAAAGCUGUUCUAUGUGAUUAGUCCCCACACCAACCAGGAUAAAGAGCACCAGAUAAUCGACCUGUCAUCUCAAGCUUGCGAGAAGGCCACCAUGCUUCUGACCGAAGUGUACCAGUUAGCAGCUGAAGUGGGCGGAGACACGGGCGCGGAGCUAGACAGCUGCGGAUCUAACACCGCUGACGCUGCCAAGACGCUGCUCGCUACUGCUCAGCUAACCGCGCCAAGCAUCCACGAGCCGCGCUGCCAAGCCGCCAUGCUGUCCGCAGCAGACGCGCUAGCAUCGUCCGCCCAGCACUUGGCCCACGCGUGGGCGGCGCCCGCCCAGCUGCCCGCCCAUAAAGAGAGAGCCGCCCAGCUGGAGAUCGAGAGGAGGGAAUUGGAAGACGCUGUGGAGAAGAUUAGGACGGCUGUGCGGGAUGAUGCUGCUGCAGUGAAGUCCCCUACUCGGCGGGCACCCCCACCACCUCCCAAGCGCGCGUCCCACGGUGAGCCCCGGCGCUCCGUGGCCGCCGGAACCCGGGACUUCAACCAGGAGUUCUUGCACCAGCUGCGCUGCGAGGAGAGCCAGAACGCCGGUAACGUUACCGACGACGUGGCCAUCGCCAACAAGCGCAAGACGGACGACGAGAAGGCUUUGCUCCAGCAGUUUGGCAAGAGCGUGGAUGCUGCAGCCCUGAAGAUCAAGAAGGCCGAGGAAGACGUUAAUAAGAUAUACAGCGCCAAGGACGACGUGGUGCCCGCGCUGUCUGUGGACCAGACGCUGGUGGUGCAGAAGCAGAUGGAGCAGAAGCUGUCUCAAGCCGCUGUCGCAGCUGCCAACCUCGUAGCCAGCAACCGUAAGUAA